AUUCCCACUAAACUCAUCUCUAAAAAGAAGAUGAUCCUCUCUUGAUCCUCCUUGUGUUCACAAACCAACAUACUCUCCCUUUUAUAUAUAUCUCUAUCUCCAUCUCUCUCUUCCUCUCUCCCCCACAAGAACAACAACAUCAAAGCAAGAAACCAAACACUCUCUUUUCUUCUUGUUUGUUUGUUCUUUUCUUACCUACAAACCAAUAACCACCUUGUUUUCUAUUUUGUCGUAUGAACAUAUAUUAAACACUGCUUCCUAGUGAACUAUUUCUUCAAAUUAAGAAUGGCAUCACCAUCUGAACUAGGCUUGGAUUGCAAGCCACAUAGCUACUCCAUGUUACUCAAAUCGGUUGGAGAACAAAGUGAUCAAACCUACAAACUCGAAGAGUUUCUUUCUCGUUUGGAAGAAGAACGUCUCAAGAUUGAUGCGUUCAAGCGCGAGCUUCCUCUCUGCAUGCAACUUCUCACAAACGCUAUGGAGGCAUCGAAGCAACAACUUCAAGCUUACAAAGUGAGUCAAGGAGUUACAAAGCCGAUUCUAGAAGAAUUCAUACCGGUAAAGGAAGUAACAUCAUCAGAAACCAUGGAAAAGACAACAAAUAAUAAUGUAUGUGAUAAAGCAAAUUGGAUGACAAGUGCUCAACUAUGGAGUCAAACGACUGAAGCAGCAAAACAACAAAAUUCCGCAAAAGAAACCACCGAAAGCAACAAUAUUGGAUUCAACAUUAGUCCGAAACAUAGAAACGGUGGAGCCUUUUUACCAUUCUCAAAAGAAAGAAACAACUCAUCAUGCCAAAAUCAAGGUCUUCCCGAACUAGCACUUGCCUCUAACCAGAAAGAGGUUGAUGACAAGAAACACGUUGCAGACGAAAAAGGAGAGAAGAGAGAAAACACCGAAGAAAAAGGGAGUCCAAUAGCAUCAUCACAUACUCAAACAACAAGCAACAAUUCAAACCAAACUCAUAGGAAAGCAAGAAGGUGUUGGUCACCUGACUUGCACCGCAGAUUCGUUAAUGCUCUUCAAAUGCUCGGUGGAUCUCAAGUGGCAACACCAAAACAGAUAAGGGAAUUGAUGAAAGUGGAUGGUUUGACCAAUGAUGAAGUUAAAAGCCAUUUGCAGAAAUAUAGGCUACACACAAGAAGACCAAGCCUAAGUGCACAAACAGGUGCACCACCAGCACAGUUAGUUGUUUUAGGAGGAAUAUGGGUCCCACCGGAAUACGCCACGGCGCAUUCAGGAGGAGCAACUACUCUCUACGGUGGACAUCCUACUUCUCAUCAUGUGACUCUCCCGCACUACUGUACUGCACCUGGUCAGGAGUAUUACACUACUGUGCCGCCGCAGCAGCAUCAGCAGCUACUUCCGCCGCCUCACCACAUGCACCAUGUUUACAAGGCGACACCGCACGGUCAGGGCUCGCCGGAGACGGGUGGAGAUGGGCUGGAGAGUAUUGAGAAUGGGAAGUCGGAGAGUGGUAGCUGGAAAGAAGGGAGUUCUGAGAAUGAAGGAGAGAGGAAAGGGUUUGUUGAAGAGAGCAAUGGGAGUCAAAUCACUCUCAAAUUUUAAUUAGCCUUAAUUAAUAAUAAUAAUAAUAAUAAUAAUUAAUAUUAUUUUAAUUAAUUAGAAGAAAUUAGCAUGAGGAUUUUGUUUGCAAUAUUCAUCAGUUAAGAAGAAAUGAUCAUUAAAUAAAAUGAAAAUUGUUUAGAACUAAAUGCUAAUAUUUUGCUUUACGUUAUUUAAUUUGAUGUGCUAGGUAAAUAGUGCAUGUAGUUAGUUACAGGGUUAAAAAGGACAGAAAAGUAAGUUUUUGUUUUGUACUAUUCUGUUGUGUACUACUACUACUAUUGCGUACUACAGACCACAGAGGGAAGAAUCGGAUUCUGACUCUU